AUGUCCAUCCACAUCAGAGAAGCCACUCAGGAUGACAUCUCCCAAAUCCACACCAUCUACAGCUUCUAUGUGUGCGAGUCAGUCGCCACAUUCCUCCGACAUCCUCCUCCCCUGGAAUCCCUUAUCUCCUCUUUCCGAGACAUCCAGUCCCGCAGAUUACCCUAUCGCGUUGCAAUCGACACAACCGGCAAAGUCCUAGGGUACGGCUACCUCGCCCCGUUUAAUGGAACACGGAUGGCCUACGCGCCGACCGUCGAGGUAUCCCUGUACGUUCACCCAGAAUAUACAUCGAAAGGUGUGGGGAGCCGUCUACUCUCGUCCAUCCUGGAGUCUGUCGAGUCGGAAGCGGGAGUAUGGCACCGUGCCUGCGAACAUAAGGAGUACGAAACACACGUACAGAUCAUUCCAGAAGAUGAGGGGCGAGUGCGCAGUAUCAUCGCCUGUAUGUCGGUUGACACUACCGGGAAGGAGGAUGGCGAGGGUUUGCGAAGGUGGUAUGAACAACGUGGGUUUGUGGAACGAGGGCGACUGAAGAAUGUGGGAUAUAAACAGGGGCGAUGUGUUCGUCGUGAUGAUAACCUCUGA